AUUUCUCGUAUGACUUAUUUUAUUUAUUAGGCAAAUUAUUUCAACAGAUAUGAUAUAGCUUUAACAGGAUUUUAUAAACGGUUUAUGAGACAUUACAGUGAAGAAAUCAAUCAUGCCGACGGUUUGAUACACUUCAUUCAACAAAGAGGAGGGCAAGUGGUACUUUAUGACAUAGAAAAACCACCAAAUAAAUGGUCAGACGUAGAAAAUAUUGUAAAAACAGCAUUUGAACUAGAAAAAGAUAAUUAUAAUGCACUAUUUAAAAUUAACAAUCUAGCUAAUGAACAUUGUGAUGUUUCAACAAGUGAAUUUAUAGAAUCAGUUUAUCUAACAGAACAGCUUAAAGACCAAAAAGACUUGGCUGAUUUACUCACGAAAGUGAAAUAUGCAUUAGAAUCAAAAACUAUACAUUUGCUCGACUACAAUAUCGAACAAGCAGAAACCGAACAGUCAAAAUAUAAUUCUAAGAUGAAAACUUAAUAAUUCACAGUAUAUAGAGUGUUCAGUAAGUAAGGAAACAGGCCAGUUGUUACAAACAAUGAGAACAAUUAAAUUCCGUUUCCUUACUUACUAAAAACUAUAUACUAUUGAUUUAAAUUAUUAACAACAGUUUCUGAAC